AUGCAGCAACCGAUAUUGCAGUUUGGCAACCAUGGGUCGUGCUUCGUGUAUUCCAAGCCACCUCCCAGAGUUGCGUCAGAUUCGUCAUGGCAUGGGCAUAUACACUAUCCUGAGCUUAAAGAGUGGGGCGCUGCCGUUGAUGAAGAAGAGCUCUUUCUAACCAGUGAACUGGAAGAGUUCGAAGACAUUAGCGUUGAUAGCGUAUGGAAGGAAGGUUAUCAGCCACCGCGCCUGCCGGCGCGAGAUAUUGCAGAGGAUAACCAUAUAGUGAGACCGGCUCCGGCUGUCGAGACUGUAAAGAGGCGAGCGAGUACUGACUUGGGCAAGCCUCUUGUGGAGACCGAAGAACCUCCGAGGAAACGUCGACGGCUCGACGAUGAUAGCCUCUACACAGCGCUCCCUCAACCACACUUCUUACCCUCGCCCUCCAAGCUGCGCUCAUUGCAGACCCCUAUUGUUGAUUCCGCGGGCCUCAAUGCGCCGAGGAAAACUCGGCCCAUCUCGCCACACUCGGCUGGGUCUCUGAAAGAUUACCUCGAGGACCCAUAUGCUCGAGCUGCGUGGAUUGUCCCUGUGCGUGGAUUCCUGCCAUGGGACUGUUCCUCUGCUUGUAUGCUCAGUACAAAAGUGGCGCAAGGCGAACCCGAACAACAUAAAGACCAACAAUUGCUAUUGCCCUGUCCGCUUGGCGGUGGCUGUGACGACAUGAACGUCGAAGGUAGAUCUGAUAUAACAUGGACCGCCGACGCGCUGGCCGCCUUCUGGAAUUUUCUGCUCUCUCUUCGGUCGGCGUGUACGCUGGGGCCUCUGUCUCUGUCCUUCCACGCAGCAUCCGCGUCCCACACUGGUCGGUCUGCGUCCUCGUUUCCCUCAGCUGGGCAUGCCCAGGAUACCCACUCGUCUGGCGCACACUCACGAAAUACGGGAACUGCUACCGACGCACGACCGCACAACCUACUCUCCGUGGACCAUAUCAAGGUGUAUCACGACGCGCCAUACUCAACACAGAUCAGGAACGUGCUCGCUGCGUGGCGGUACACGUAUUCGUGCUCUCGCGGUGCAGCCGCCUCGGAUUCAGCUCAGCUCAAUGGAUUGGACAUAGAUAACCACGAUUCCAACACAAUGCACUCCCCAGAGCGCGCGGUGGCUGGACAUACCGGACGCAUUCGUUUGUUCAAGGGUGCCAAGCUAGUGCUGGUGAAUGAGAGGUCCAAGGGUAUCUUGAUCUCAUGA